UCUUUUUAACACUAUGUAACUGUACAGCUGCGGCUAAAAAUAUAGAUUGCACUGAUAUUUCACUAGCACACUUUUCUAACAGUAGGAAACGAUUGAGUUUUUAUCGAAGUAUCGAAAGUAAUAUGUUUUUGUCUGUACUAUAUGCCUUUUACACAGUGUACUUGACUGGAGCUUUAUUAAUCGCUGUAGGUUGUACCUUACUUUACUUAGCUGAGUUUUCCGAAGAAUAUCCAGAGACAACAAAACGUUUUAUUGAGAUACUUAUACUUGUUUCAGUUAUAAAUAAUGUAGGGUUAUGGGUGCUAGAAGGAUUUCCGCUUCUUAAUCUCGUCGUGUCCAGUUUUUCUGCCAACAUCGCUUACUUUCUGUUGAUAAGAAAUUUUCCUUUUAUAAGAUUUCGAUCUUUUUCCUUUUUGUUAAGUAUAGGAACGACUUUAUGGCACCAGUAUUCCGCUUGGAAGUAUUUUAGUAUCAAUCGUCACUACACCAACUCUGAAGUCUUUGCCUACUUUGUAGUCUGUUCGCUGGCUGUUCCUUUCGCUUUGGUCAUAUCCUUGCAGACUUUUGACAACAGGCUGCCUACUAGCAAAUUCCAUACCUUUGAUGCUUUAAACGCGGAGGAUUACCCGUCUAAGAACAAAAGUAGUUUUUUUUUGAUGAGAUUUAUUAAGAAAAGGAGAGAUGAAAUUUUACCUCUUCGUGGCUUUAAAGCUAACUGAAUCGACGAUCUCGUCUUUAAAUUAAUAGGG